GUCUCCAUCAGCUUCAGUCACUCUCGACUACACAGCAAGCGCCUCUAGUCGAAUAAUGUGAACUCAGGGUACCUCCACACUGCCUACACACUGCUGCUUGUCCUCAACGUGACUGCGUAAAUAUCCUCAGACCGUGCGAAAUACGGAUUGCCAUACCUCAGCCGCCCAGCUCCAGAUAACAUCUCACUCCUUGUCCUCAUCAUUGUUCCUUACACUUAUUCACUUAUAUCUCGUCUCUGAGCCCUAUAUAUUUCUUUUACUUUUUUUCUUUUCCUAUUCUCGUUCUCUCCUUAGCCUUCUCUUUUCUCUUCCUCUCCUUCUUAUACCUCAACUUAUUUACUUUUUUCGUUUUCCUUCUCCUUGUCCUUUUCCUCAAUAAGCCCCGUCUAUUUUCAUUCUCUUUUUUUUUCCUAGCCCUAUAUUUCAUUCAGCCUUGUCAUCCUUUCCCUUCUUCAUCUCUCCUCUCAUGUCGUUGUCUUUCUAUCUAUCCUAACUCUCGUUCACUCUAUUCUCUUUUUUUCGUCCUUCAUUACUCCUCCUCCUCAUACUCUUCCUCUAUAUUCUCCUUUCCUUUUCUUGGCUCCUUCUCUCGUCCUAUCCCAUUCCACUCCUUCUGUCCUCGUCCUCCUCACAUUCAAUAUGCAAAGGAGCUACAUGUUCGCCGGAGCCUUCGUGGUUCUCUUCGUCGGCAUCAUCGUCAUUGUCGUCGUCUGUGUGUCUUCAAUGAAUGGCUGGAAGGAGCACAACGCGGACGGGCCAAAAUUUUGGGAGCAAGGUGGAGUGUAUCAAGUGUAUCCCCGUUCCUUUGGCGACAGCGACGGAGAUGGUACGGGAGACCUCAUGGGUGUGGUGGCUCACUCAGACCACCUGAAGGAUCUUGGCGUGGUGACGGUGUGGCUCAGUCCCAUCUUCAAGUCUCCAAUGAAGGACUUCGGGUACGACAUUUCCAACUACAUGGCAAUCGACCCGAUCUUUGGCACCAUGGAUGACUUUGAGCGCCUGGUGGCCAGUCUGCACAGGAACGGGCUCAAGGUAGUUCUCGAUUUCGUGCCCAACCACUCCAGUAAUCUGCACGAGUGGUUCACAAAAUCCGAGGCGAGGGAGGGAAACUAUACCGACUACUACGUGUGGGCUGAAGCCAAGGACUACGACAAGAACAACACCCCCAUCCCACCCAACAACUGGAUGAGUGAGUUUGGUGGCUCGGCGUGGGAAUGGAGCGGCAUACGUGGGCAGUUCUACUACCACCAGUUCCUCGCAGAGCAGCCCGAUCUUAAUUACCGCAACGAACACGUCAAGGAGGAGAUGAAGAAUGUUCUCCGCUUUUGGCUGGACAAAGGCGUGGACGGAUUCAGAGUGGACGCCGUAAAGUACCUCGUGGAAGCGCAGGACCUCAACCUUGACGAGCCCACGGAUUCUGACAACCCGGAGCUCCUUCACCACAUCUUCACCACCAACCAGCCCGAGACCUUCCAGAUAUUGAGAGAGUGGCGCGAACUCGUCGACAAAUACCAUGAAAAGGUGCUGAUGGUGGAGGUGUAUUCUGAGGUGGAGGAUGUGAUGAAGUACUACGGCAACCAAAGCGUCCCUCUAGCGCACUUCCCCUUCAACUUCUUCAUGCUGGAGGCGCUAAACAACCGCUCCACGCUCAACGGGUACGCCCUCAAGGACACCAUCUCCCUCUGGCUGGACUACAUGCCUGAGGGGAAGUGGCCCAACUGGGUGCUGGGGAACCACGACAACGGGCGGGUGGCGUCACGUCUGGGCAAGGAUAUGGUGGACGCACUCAACAUGGUGGUCCUGUUAUUACCCGGCACGCCCGUCACUUACAACGGCGAGGAGAUCGGUAUGGAAAACACUUUUAUCAGUUGGGAAGACACGAGGGACCCUGAGGGCUGCCGCUGGGGGCCGGAUCACUACCAGGAGCACAGCAGAGACCCGGAGAGGACGCCCAUGCAGUGGAACGAUGGUCAUAUGGCAGGUUUCACUAAUGGUAACAACACGUGGCUUCCCAUCAAUGCUAACUACCAGGAGAUCAACGUCGCCGCACAGAAGAACGCAACACACAGUCACUUGAAGUUCUACCAGCACGUGACGGAGAUCAGACAGGAGGAGACAUUCAAGAGAGGCAAAGUCACUUUCCCGACUUACGACGACUCCACAUUCAGCUUCAUCAGGUCACUGGAGGGCCAUCCGUCAUACCUGGCAGUGGUCAACGUAGCAACGGUGAAUCGAACUGUCAACCUGCACCUCGGGGCCAAUUUCCAGCUGCCUGACAAAGCCGAGAUGGUUAUUCACUCCAGCACCAGCGUGGCCAAGGAGACGCCCAGCGGAUCUACUGUUUUCCUGGACUCACUGACCCUAGUGGCCGGUGAGGGAGUCUUGCUAAAGCUGCCGGAGGACUAGAAACCUACUGGCCGUCUCGCCGCUGCACAGACAAACACACACACACACACACACACACACACACGUCUUUUUCAUGCCUGUGUAGACUUUCUAUUUUUAUAUGAGUAUAUUGUUACGACCACUUCCCCUAUUCCGCCGGUCGCUACCUUCAGGCCAAAGCCAGGCCAGCCGCCUCGCCACCUCACCAGUCUCGAUCCCGCCCGUUUAGUCGUGAGGCUGCAUGAGGCUGCAUGAGGCUGCUUUCCGAGCCGACAGCAGAGCUGCCCGCUCCUGGCCCAAGAGCAGGCAGUUCACGCUAGGCUCUCUCUCCACCACCUUCGACCUGUACCUGCUGGGUCUCCCUUACUCUGGUGGUUAGACGAGAAUGGACUUCAAGUGGAAGCACCGGGCGUUUCUCAACUGCUUCGGAUUCACGUAAAGUAUUGUAACUGUACAACUUAGCUCCAGUCCUCCACCCUUUUUCUCCCUCCCUUAGGUAGAGUAAUUAGCAAGAUGUUGUUUGUGUUAGGAUAUACUGUAUCUUGCUGUUGGUUUAACUUAUAAAAUGUACGGGUUCGGGUUCGUUUUAUCAUUAUUAUUAUUAUUAUCAUUUUAUUUUAUUUUAUUUAUUUUUUUGCAAAAUUAAAAUUAUAAGAUAUAUUGUUAUUUAUUACAUGUUUUGUACUAACAAGUGGUACGAGAUCGUAACAAAAUUUUGCUAUCUUAAGAUGCAAUACAAGGGCGUGUGGUACAAAGGCACCGUCCCUCCUCGCUUAAGAUACAAUCACGCCUCCGGCACAAUAACCACCAAUGUCUGCUAAUGUUAAGUUGUUGGCCAAGUUGGCCUUGAAAAUAACACAUUUUCUUUCAUUAUUCUCUGUAACUCACUUUUUAUUUCAAUAAAACUUUAUAUUUUAUAAUAAAAUAUCUGCGACGUGUUUAUUCAUAUUAUGCCAUAAAAAAUUAUUCUCUUUAUUUUACGUGCUUUGUGUUCGUGUAUAUAGGGAAGAAAAGUGAUUUGGUGAGGUGUUUAUGCAAAAUUUGCUGGAUCAUCUGGGGUUGUUUUUCGCGAUGGGGGCGUCCUUGUGGAGGUUAUUGAUUUGGAUAAUUUGUGGAGGCUGGAGGGGUUGCAUGGAGGUGUUGGAGGUGUAAUAGCGCCUUCCUGAGGUUGAGGAUCAGGUUGAUGUAUCUUAUAGGGUUUCAGGAGCUUCUAUCUAGUGGAAUUUGGGUGUUCAGUUGUGUUCAGUGUUGGAUGAUGGAGUUCUGUGGGCUGAGGAAAGGGAUGUGUUCCUAACAGCCCUGAUGUUCUCAGUUGUGGUAUUUUUUUUUUUUUUUAUGUGAAGUGGUGAUGCUUUGAUAAAUUUGAGGUCAUGAAGUAUGGGCAUUGUGGAAGACUGAGCUGUGGAGGACAUCUGGGGAAAUUUGUAUCUAGGGUUUGUCCAGGAAAAUAUUUUAUCGACCUGUGAGAGGGUUAAAGGUGUUUUGUGCUAUUGGUGAUGUGUAGGGUGGUGCCAUAUGUUUGUGUGCGUAACCUUAGGAAAUCCUUAUAAUAAAAUAAGACACACGAGUAUGACUCCCCCACUCGGUCGUGACUGAGUGAGGGAGUUGAGUUGGACAGAAAGACAGGACAGAAGGACUAGGGCAGAAGUUAUUCCCUAGAUUCUCCUAAUGUGCAUUUACUUAUAAUUUUGUUUUCUAAGUUUGUAUCAGUAAGAAUAUACUUUGUUAUCUGAAC